AUGGCAAGGAUCCUGGAGGCUCCUGAGAAGCCCGAGCCCCUCGCAGUGACCUCGUUGAGUCUGCCAGACAUCCAGAAGAUCCUUGGUCUCACCCAGGUUGUGGAUGAUGAGUUCGACUUUGUUACGCCUAUCCCCGUCCUGCAAGAUCUCAAACUCUGGUUGGAAAAGUCGGACCGCGCUCAUGGCACCAGCUACGCAAACGAAGCUAGCAUACGCUAUAAGCUCAACCUCCUUCUUGUCUGCCCUCACGAUUUGGUAUUGUCGUCUUCAAAAAAAUCCCCGAGACCCUUGAACAUUCAGAUGGAACGUAUAUGGGCUUAUAGCCCUGUGAAAUGGAAGAGGAAGACAUGGAUGCUAUCGGGGCGUCCCGAUUGUGGCGUUUGGUAUGGAGAGGAGGAAGACCUCGACUUGAACGUUAUCAUCAUUGAGGCCAAGAGACCGAACAGUAGUAGCGAGGGGGCUGACCUGUCAAAAGGGUGCGUCCACAAGCAGCGCAAAGAUCUUGGCAAGACAGACACCACCGUCUACGGUAUCUCCACUGAUGCCAUGAAUUUCACGUUCAUGAAGCUCGACAAUGAGUCUCGGUGGGCGUUAAAACUAGUCGCUGUCGUUGGAAAUGGGUUCGAACAACUGCUUGGUCUGCUAGUCUACCUGAUGAAAAAAGCGACCUCGUUGUCACCCGCCCCCUUCAAACGCACAUCUCGUUGGACACAACAAGGAUCAGGGGAGUCUGACCUGACCUUCGACCAUGACCCUGAGAAGUAUGAUGAGAUGGAUGAUGAGAUGGAUGUUGAAUGA